GAAUUACACUGGAUUGAGAAAGAGAGCAAGAUAUAUUAAAGAGAAGAAAGGUACCCUGAGGUUUGCUGGUGACACCAUGUUUUCUUCAGGAGUGUGGGCUGGUGUUGAGUUAGAUGAUGAGUCUGGAAGGAAUGAUGGCUCUCAUGCUGGCAUUAGAUACUUCUCCUGUAAACCAAAAAGAGGAUUAUUUGUUGCGCUAAAGAGGAUCACUAAAUUCUCUCCUCCUCAUCGAUCCCUCCCCCUCCCUCCAGUCACAGGAGGAGGAGCAGUAGGAGGGGCAAAGAGAACAGCUACCACACCUUCAGACUCGAGAAUGAAGAACGAGUCUUUCACGACGGCACGAGCUUUUGAGGCUCAUUCCAAUGUGCAGAUGUCUUCAGAGUUCCAGGUUGGGGAUCAUGUGAUAGUGUCCGGGAGAGAUAAAGGAGUCCUUCGAUAUGCUGGAGCUGUCAAGUUUGCUCCUGGUAUCUGGUUAGGUGUUGAAUUGGAUACUCCUAAAGGAACAUGUGAUGGCAGCAAAGGAGGCAAACAAUACUUCAAAUGUAAACCAAAUCACGGGAUCUUCGUCUCACCGUCAAAACUAACCAAGAUAAGAUCAAAGGACAGCGUGGACUAUUCUAACAGUAAUACCGGGAUCAGCUUGAACUCACUGUCACCUUCACCUAAUCCUCCUGGGGAGAGAAAGAAAAGAGUAUCAACAAGUCAAAUGAAAUCAUCAAAAGGUCAAUAUGGUAGCCCUUUGCCAACGUCACUCUCUCUGGCUGUAGCACCUGAAAUUACAUUAGAAAAGGGGAUGAGUGUGUUUGUUAAUAAGGAAAUGGGUACAGUUCAAUACAUAGGACAGACUGACUUUGCUCCUGGAGUGUGGCUGGGAGUAGAGCUUAAGAAACCAACUGGUAGGAAUGAUGGCAGUGUCAAUGGAAAACGAUACUUCAGUUGCAAGACAAACUACGGUAUAUUUGUAAAGCCAGAGAGAGCCUCUCAUCGUGGAAUAAACUGCGCCAAACUAGUAAAGAUAGACAAGUAGAUCUCCUCCUUUAGUAGUAGAAACAGAUACAAAACACACAGAGUCUUAUUAUUAUAACUUUUUAUAUUUUCCACCUGUCAAUUCCCACUCCCCCCCUCUCUCUCUUUUAUAAGUACACCUGCUCUCACACACCCUCAACUUAUAGUUCUACUGAACACACACACAUACACAUGUAUUGGUCGUUAUAUUGUAUAGUACACAUGCUACAUGGACUGUAGUACAUUAUUAUUGUAUGUGUGAGAGUUGUGCCUGUGCUUGUAAUAUUAUGUAUUAAUGUAUUUCAUUUAUGAUUAGAAAUGAGAUUAUUUCAGAGAUGACUACAUGUA